AUGUCAAUAAGAACGACAACACGAAGAAGGAGUGAAGAUCUCGAGUUCAGAUUUGAGAAAAGGAAAAGACAGAGAGAAAAGAUGUAUGUGGUCCCUCCUCCGAAGCGCUCCGAUCCUCUGUCUGGAUCCACAAACGGGCAGGAUAACUUGAGAAUUUACCAGACAUGGAAAGGCAGCAAUGGAAGAUUUGUAUUUGGACCUGAUGUAAGAUCACUGGUGCUGACCAUAUUCCUUGUGGUAGCUCCUGUUUCAGUUUUCUGUGUCUUUGUUGCAAGAAAACUGAUGAAUGAAUUUGAAGAACACUGGGGGAUAUCAGUUAUGGUUGUGGCCAUUUUAUUCACAGUCCAUGUUUUAGUACUUCUCCUUCUAACCUCUGGGAGAGACCCUGGUAUUAUUCCAAGAAAUGCACAUCCUCCAGAACCAGAAGGGUUUGAUGGAAAUGCUGAAGGUAGUAAUCAAACCCCACAAUUAAGGCUUCCACGUAUUAAAGAAGUUGAAGUUAAUGGUGUCACUGUGAAGAUCAAAUAUUGUGAUACUUGCAUGCUUUAUAGACCUCCUCGAUGCUCACACUGUUCUAUCUGCAAUAAUUGUGUUGAAAGAUUUGAUCAUCAUUGCCCUUGGGUUGGACAGUGUAUAGGCCUGAGAAACUAUCGAUUCUUCUUCAUGUUUGUGUUCUCCACAACACUACUUUGCAUAUAUGUGUUCAGUUUCUGCUGGAUCUACAUUAAGAGAAUCAUGGAUUCAGAAGACAUAACUUUAUGGAAAGCAAUGAUCAAAACUCCUGCUUCCAUUGUCUUAAUCGUCUACACUUUCAUAUCAGUCUGGUUUGUUGGUGGCCUUACUGCCUUCCAUUUAUAUCUCAUCAGCACAAAUCAGACAACAUACGAGAACUUCAGAUAUCGGUAUGACAGGAGAGCAAACCCCUACAACAAAGGAGUCUUAGAAAAUUUUGGAGAAAUCUUCUGCACAAGCAUCCCCGAAUCCAAGAACAAAUUCCGUGCAUACGUCCCGAAAGAACCCGGUCUCGGUGGCCGAUCGGUUGGUGGCGGUUUUGUGUCCCCCAACAUGGGGAAGGCGGUGGAGGACAUUGAAAUGGGGCGGAAGGCGGUGUGGGGCGACAGUGGUGCCGGAGUGGAUAGCCAACUUAGUGACAAUGAAGGCUUGAAUAUUAAAGAAGGUGGAAUCGGAGAAAUGUCGCCGGAGAUAAGAACACAAGUUGAUGAGGGCGAUCGUGCGAAUAUUAUACACGCAAGGCGGUCGAGUUGGGGGAGGAAGAGUGGGAGCUGGGAAAUGUCGCCGGAAGUUCUUGCGUUGGCGGCGAGAGUUGGUGGCGGUGGUGGUGGCAGUACUAGCGGUCCGGCGGCGGUGAAGUUGUGAGUGGUAGGUUGGUUGAUUAGUAGUGCGUGGUGGUAGAUAGGAUUUGGUGGUGAUGUUUGGGUUGACACGGUGGUUUUAUUGGUGUGGUUUUGUGAGUUGGGGGAUGGGGUGGGAUCAUGUGUAAAAUUAGUUGGUGUUAUUCGGGGU